UUGUUAAAAUUAUUUUAGAAAUACGUAUUUCAUUUUGAAAUAAUGUUGUUAUAAAUGAAAUUGGUACAUUUGUUUGGUACACGUAGAUUUUCUGUAGUUUUUAUUGUGAAAAGGUUUAAAGCGUGUGUUUCCAGUAUGAAAGUGUUUACACAGAAGAGGAACCCAAUUACGGGAAGCACGGAGUGGGAUGUACAGGAUGAAAAUUACGAUUUUCAUCAGGAAAUAGCGCGAGCAGGAUUUGCCGACAUGUUGCAUGAUACUGAGAGAAAUAAGAAGUAUCAAAGAGCUCUUCAACUCGCUAUUGAAAAAAUGCACAGUAAUGGAAAGAAAGCUAAUGUUUUGGACAUAGGUACAGGAACUGGUUUACUGUCAAUCAUGGCUGUUCGUUCUGGUGCAGACUCCGUAACUGCUUGUGAGGCUUUCAAACCCAUGGCUGAAUGUUGCGCCAAAAUCCUGGAGAUCAACGGUGUUGCCGACAAAAUCAAACUUAUACCUAAAAGGUCUACGGAUGUUACGGUUGGAGAUGACGGUGACAUGAAGGAGAAAGCUAAUAUUUUAGUCACUGAGGUGUUUGAUACCGAGUUGAUUGGUGAAGGAGCAUUAUCAACGUUUGCACACGCACACAAGUGUCUGUUAGAACCAGACUGCAUAGUGGUGCCUGACUCUGCGGUCAUUUACACUCAAGUUGUGGAGUGCCCAACCUUGUGGAAGUGGAACAAGUUGAAUGAUCUUUCUGAUGCUGACUUAGAUAUUGUAUUGAGGACACCUCAAAAGAUGAUCGACUGUCCCGGUUCUGCAGCAGUUCAUGAUCUUCAACUAUCCCAGUUACCUCGUAAUGCAUUCCGUGAACUGUCAGACCAGAUCCCAGUGUUCUAUUACGACUGGUCAGGGAGAACUCCUAUCAUCAUGAAGAGGACUGUUAAGCAGGACUUCACUGUUAGUAGCACAGGAAAAGCGCAGGUUGUCUUUAUGUGGUGGGAACUUAAUAUGGAUACUGAAGGUAGGAUCUGCCUAAGCUGCGCUCCAUGGUGGUGUCAUCCCGACGCAGACUUGGUAUCCGAACGCCCUCAAGACAGCAUACCAUGGAGAGACCAUUGGAUGCAAGCCGUCUACUACUUACCACAAACCGCCACACUAGAAAAAGACAAAGAAGCUACACUAAUCUCGUGCCAAGACGAAUACUCGCUCUGGUUCUACAUAGAGACCGAAGAACUCAAAAGACAGAGUUAUAAGCGACCAAAUUGUGACUGCGGAGUGCACAUGGCCUUAUCAAGGACCCAUGUAUCAUAUCUCAACGAUGGUAAACGCAGCAAGAAAUUCCUAGAACAAUUAAAAGAAGAAAUUAAUAAUGAAUCCGUAGUUCUGGACUUUAAUGGAAGCAGUCUCAUGGGUUUGGCCGCAGCAAAGUUAGGUGCUAAGGCAGUAUACAUACAAGAGAGUAUGAAUUUAAACCUUGGCAUCCUACAGGACUAUAUAAGCACAAAUAACCUGGAGAAUAUACAUUUUGUAUCUGAAUUGUCUGAUGAAAUAUUAAAUCAAGUUACAAAUGUAGUAACAGAUCCCAAUUUCCCUAGUGCGAUUUUGCCUUGGGAGAAUUUGAAGAUAGCAUAUCUUAUGUAUCAAUAUAGAAGUAAAUUGACUAACUGUGUUUCUGCCAUACCUAGUGGUUGUGAGGUUUGGGCCAUGCCUGUGGAGUUCCAAGAUCUGCACAAAAUAUCCAUACCGUUGGGCAGAUGUGAAGGAAUUGAUAUGGCUGUGUUUGAUGGACUUGUUGAGAAUUCCCGCAACAUAAGUGAUGCAGAUAUCGAAGCCCAACCGCUGUGGGAGUAUCCCUGCAAGUGUCGCGGUGAGCCGGUCCGACUCCUGUCUAUUGAUUUCAGUGAUCUGAAGCCAACGUGUGCUAUGGAUGGCAUUUGUGAAGUUGGUAAACCAUCAAACGAUGAAGAACAAGUGGUAAACGGCUUCGCGCUAUGGGUGGUGUGGAAUGUCGGAGGGUCACCUCAGAGCUCGGGCCCCAAUCAGCCACCAGUGGUUGGACAGAGAGUAGACUGGGAUCCUCACACUAGACAAGGCGUCAAGAUAUUUAAAAAGUCAUACGACGCGACAGCGCCAUUCAAGUGGAAGUAUCAAGCAGUCUGCGACCUUUCGAAGGGACAAUUCAAUGUCGACAUAGACUUAGUUCUCGAAUAGACAUCAUAAAUAUAUUUAUUAUCUGUAUUUUAUAUUACACUGACGUCA